CGGUGGUAAGCUCGCCGGCGAACAUGGCGCGGGUGGAGAAGCGCGCCGCGAGCACGGCUACUGUGGCGGCAGAGAGGCCGGCUGGGUCGCUCAAUCGGAGGCCGCUCUACUUCGCCGCCUUCCUGCUGCUCGCCGACGCCGCGCUCGUCGCCCUCAUCAUCGCCUUCGUCCUGUACACCAAGAUCGACUGGGACGCCUACAUGUCUCAGGUGGAUGCUUUCCUGGAGGGAGAGAGGGACUACACAAAGAUCGAGGGGGACACGGGGCCACUGGUCUACCCGGCUGGCUUCCUCUACGUCUACUCUAGCAUUAGGUUCAUCACCGGCGGCCAAGUCUUUCCUGCUCAGAUUUUGUUCGGCAUCCUGUACAUUGUCAACCUGAGCCUUGUUCUGUUACUUUACGUCAAGACUGAAGUGCUUCCAUGGUGGGCUUUAGGUUUGCUUUGCUUGUCCAAGAGAGUCCACUCCAUCUUUGUGCUCCGCCUUUUCAACGAUUGCUUUGCUAUGACAUUGCUCCAUGCUGCCAUGGUUUUGAUUAUGUAUCACAAGUGGUUCCUUGGUCUAAUAGUUUUCAGCGGGGCUGUCUCAAUUAAGAUGAAUGUCCUUCUUUUUGCCCCAUCUUUGCUUCUACUGAUGUUGAAGACCAUGAGCAUCAAAGGAGUCUUCUUUGCCUUGUUAGGAGCUGCUGCAGUACAGGUUUUGUUGGGUUUGCCAUUUUUGCUGCCACAUCCAGUUGAGUACAUCUCAAGAGCAUUCAAUCUCGGCCGUGUCUUCAUCCAUUUCUGGUCUGUCAACUUUAAAUUUGUCCCUGAGAAGUUGUUUGUAUCUAAAGAGCUUGCUGUUGCAUUACUGAUUCUUCACCUCACUACCCUUAUGGUAUUUGCACACUACAAGUGGUUAAAACAUGAAGAAGGCCUAUUCGAUUUCUUGCAUUUGAGAUUUAAAGACGCUACAUCAAUUCAACAACUUAUUUCCUGCAAGCCCAGACCAUCACCUCUCAGUAAAGAACAUAUUGUAACUGUUAUGUUUGUUGGCAACUUCAUCGGCAUUGUGUGCGCCCGAUCAUUACAUUACCAAUUCUAUUCAUGGUACUUCUAUUCAUUGCCUCUUCUUUUGUGGAAAACACAUUUUCCAACACCUUUGAGGAUCAUUUUUUUUCUCGGUGUGGAACUCUGCUGGAAUAUUUAUCCUUCUACGACCUAUUCAUCGCUGCUUUUGCUAUUUUUGCACAUCUCCAUUUUGUUCGGUAUAUGGUAUUCACCUACUGAGUACCCCUAUAUCAAUAAAAGGACUUAACAUAUUAACAAGUUGAGCAAGGCAAAUAUGAGGCUUCCCUGCAGAAUUGUUUAAUCUUUUGAUGUUGCAGUAGUCAUUUUUUUUGUACCAAUAUAAACAACAAUGUCAAGGGCUUCUGGAAAUCCAGAGAUAUAUUUUGGCAUGCCAAUACUCUAGUCGGCCCAAGAUUUCUGGAGUAGCAUUUAUAGUCCCAGACAUACCAAAUAUGUACCAUGUGUAACUUCUUAACAGAGAUGAAAAUAGCUACUCGAA